AUGGUUGACAUAUUUGCCGAUCCAUCAUUAGAUGUUAAUUAUUGGGCUCGUUUUCUAAUGCAAGUCUUUAUUAUUCUUGUACUUGUUCGAAUAAUGGGAUGGUUACUUUCAUUAAUAAAACAACCACCAGUUAUUGGUGAAAUAAUAGCUGGAAUAAUUGUUGGUCCAUCCGUAUUGGGUAAUAUUGAUUUUUGGUCAAAACGUGUAUUUCCUCCAUCAUCAUGGAAUUAUUUUACAUUAGUCGGUAAUAUUGGUCUUAUUUUAUUUAUGUUCAAUUUAGGAUUAGAACUUGAACAAAAACAACUUAAACGUCAAUGGAAAUAUUCUCUUCCAAUAUCAAUCGGUACUAUUGUUGUACCAUAUGCAGCUGGUGCAGCUAUGUCUGUUUAUUUAUAUGAUAUAAAUAAUCGAAAUGGAUUUCAAUCACCUGAUAAAACAGCAUUCAUUUUAUUUGCAGCAUCAAGUAUGUCAUUUACUGCUUUUCCAGUACUUGCAGCUAUUCUUACAUCGACUAAACUUUUAUCGGCUCCAAUUGGUACUCUAACAAUAAGUUGUGCAGCAAUGAAUGAUAUUAUGGGUUGGUGUUCAUUAGCUAUAGCUGGUGCAUUUGCUAAAGGAUCAGGUAUUAUUGGUUUAUGGGUUAUAUUAAUAUCAAUUGGCUAUGUUAUAUUUAUGUUUACUAUUGUUCGAGGAUUGAUUAACUGGGCACAUAACUAUUUCGUAAAACAUAAUAAUGAAAUGAGUCGUACAUUUCUUAUAAGUAUAUUUCUUCUUCUUAUUGCAUCAGCAUUUUUUUGUGAUAUACUUGGUAUACAUUCAUUUUUUGGUGCAUUUGUUGUUGGUAUAAUAUGUCCAAAAUCAGGUCAAUUUAAUGUUGAAUUAUUUCCAAAAUUAGAAUUAGUUACUGUUGAAUUAUUAUUACCAUUAUUUUUUGCUGCUAGUGGUAUGAGAACAAGUUUAGGUUCGUUAAAUGAUAGAUUUUAUGGUGGUAUAACUGUACUUAUUUUUGCUGUUGCGACAUUGGCUAAAUUUUUACCAGCAUUAUUCAUGACGAAACUAAUAACAAAACGUUCAUGGAAAUUUUCAGGAAGUGUUGGAAUAUUAAUGAAUACACGAGGUUUAGUUGAACUUAUUGCAUUAAAUAUUGGACUUCAACUUCAUAUACUUUCACCUCGACUAUUUACUAUGUUUAUUAUAAUGGCUCUUGUAACAACAUUUAUGACAUGUCCAUUACUUUGGCUUGUCUAUCUUCGAACAUAUAAGCCUGAAGAAUUUCAUCAUGAAACAAAUGAUACUGAACAAGAUUUUACCCAAGAUAAUAAUAAUCUUCCAAAAGUAGCAUCAUCACCGAUUCUUACCAAAUUUUAA